UCCUCAGAGCGGGGCAUGGCAUCGAACAGCAUCUUCGAUUCCUUCCCGACCUACUCUCCGACCUUCAUCCGCGACCCGAGCACCAGCCGCCGCUUCACACCUCCCUCCACGGCCUUCCCCUGCGGCGGCGGCGGCGGCGGCGGCAAGAUGGGCGAGAACAGCGGCGCGCUGGGCGCACAGGCGGCCGUGGGGCCCGGCGGGCGCGCCCGACCCGAGGUGCGCUCGAUGGUGGACGUACUGGCGGACCACGCGGGCGAACUCGUGCGCACCGACAGCCCCAACUUCCUCUGCUCCGUGCUGCCCUCACACUGGCGCUGUAACAAGACGCUGCCCGUCGCCUUCAAGGUGGUGGCUCUGGGGGACGUGCCAGAUGGAACGGUGGUGACAGUGAUGGCGGGCAACGAUGAGAACUACUCCGCUGAGCUGCGCAACGCCUCUGCUGUCAUGAAGAACCAGGUGGCCAGGUUCAACGACCUUCGCUUCGUGGGCCGAAGUGGGCGAGGGAAGAGUUUCACACUGACCAUCACCGUGUUCACCAACCCCACGCAAGUGGCCACCUACCACCGAGCCAUCAAGGUGACCGUGGAUGGACCCCGGGAGCCCAGACGGCAUCGACAGAAGCUGGAGGACCAGACCAAGGCGUUCCCCGAGCGCUUCGGGGACCUGGAGCGCCUGCGCAUGCGGGUGACGCCGAGCACGCCCAGCCCCCGAGGCUCACUCAGCACCACCAGCCACUUCAGCAGCCAGGCCCAGACCCCCAUCCAAGGCACCUCCGACCUGAACCCCUUCUCCGACCCCCGCCAGUUUGACCGCUCCUUCGCAGCACUGCCGACCCUCCCGGAGAGCCGCUUCCCCGACCCCCGGAUGCAUUACCCAGGGGCCAUGUCGGCCGCCUUCCCCUACAGCGCCCCACCCUCAGGCACAAGCAUCAGCAGCCUCAGCGUGGCCAGCAUGCCGGCCACCGGCCGCUUCCACCACACCUACCUCCCGCCGCCCUACCCGGCGGCCCCGCAGAACCAGAGCGGGCCCUUCCAGGCCAACCCUUCCCCCUACCACCUCUACUACGGCGCGUCCUCCGGCUCCUACCAGUUCUCCAUGGUGGCCGGCAGCAGCAGCGCCGGCGACCGCUCGCCCACCCGCAUGCUGGCCUCCUGCCCCAGCAGCGCCGCCUCUGUGGCCACCGGCAACCUCAUGAACCCCAGCCUGGGUGGCCAGAGCGACGGCGUGGAGGCCGACGGCAGCCACAGCAACUCGCCUACCGCCCUGAGCACGCCCGGCCGCAUGGACGAGGCCGUGUGGCGGCCCUACUGA